AUGCCAAAAUCUGUUCAUUCAACAGAUAUUGAAGGUGAUGAUGUCUCAACAACAACUGCUAACACAAGAGAUGAAGUAGAAGAUAAUCAAGAUGACACUUAUGAUACUUACGAUGAAAAGCAAGGAGGUGGUAAUGUCGUUGUUGAUGGUGAAUAUGUUUCCAUCGGCCCUCGUAUCUAUAAACAAGAUGACGUUGUGAAUCUAUUCAAUGCUCUUCAAAAGAAGGAAGACUUUAAUGAAUACAAACCAGAAGUCCCUGCUAGUAGUGGUGCUGAUAUUAUUAACAAUUUUGUUAAUCCAAUUCCUUUAGGUCUUUCUUCGUAUUCAUUGAGUUUCUUUGUUUUAGCUUUAGUCAGUGCUAAUGUUAGAGGUGUUACUAAUGCUAAGUUAUUUGUUCCUCUUUACAUCUUCUUAGGGGGUGUUGUUGAAAUGCUUGUCGGUAUUCUAUGUUUUAUCAAGGGUGAUACCUAUGGUAGUGUCGUGUUCUUUACUUAUGGUGGUUUCUGGUUAAGUUGGGGUUGUAUUAAUGUAGAUCAAUUCCAUUCGAUAUCUGGGUAUGGAGAGAAGACGGAAAUGUUAGAUAAUGCGAUAGGGUUUUUCAUGAUUGCCUGGUGUGUCUUUACGUUCUUUGUUACUUUGUGGAGUCUGAAAAGUGCAUGGGCUGUAUUUUUCCUUUUCUUUUUCCUAUUCUUAACUUUCUUAAUGUUAGGUAUCGGUGCAUUUACUGCAGAUAAUAAAGUUAGCAUGGCUGGUGGUUAUUUUGGUAUUUUAUCAUCUUGUUGUGGAUGGUAUAGUUUAUACUGUAUUGUAUCCAAUGAUUCUAACACCUAUAUCCCAUUAAGAUUGAUCAUGAUGCCUGCUAAUGAUACCACUAUCUAUGAAAAGACUGGUAUCCCAAGAGACAAGUAUUAUAUCGUAUAA